UUGUGGAUCAGGAAGCUCUCUUCUAUUGAUCAGUUUUGUUCUGCUCAGCAAUGUUUUCUUCCUCUACCUCAAAAUAAACUAAGAAAAAAAAAGCCAGAAAUGUUUGAUGACUGAACAAAAAUUAGUAGAAGAAAAAAAAAAUUCUCAAGUAAGAAAAUGGCGAUAUUGGGAGCAAGACCAAUUGGCUUUUCAAGCUUUCCAUCGUCUACUUCAUAUCUUAGUUCCAGCUCCAGACUCGCCUCCUCUUCAUUGCCUUCCACACUAUCAAUGCAGGUUGUGGUCGGAAAAUCAAUUAUUUCUCGCGGAUGUGUCGCCUGUUCCGCUGUUCAAGAAUCUUCUACUUCUACAGGUAGCUUUUCCAUUCUUAUCUGUGCAUGUGAAAGUCCUUCCGAACUUGAUGUGUUGCUUUUCUGCUAUAUAGCCACUACUGGAACAAACGCAACUACUCCUCCUGCGGAAGCAAAGCCAUCAGCCGCCGCUGGCGGUGGUGGUGAUAAGGAGGAAGCGAAGGCAGCAAAGCCCAAACCUGCUGCGAAGGCUCCUGCUAAAGCAUUGCCGGAGUUGAUGAUGGAGGAUGUCAUCCCUUCAUUGAAAACAAUACUAGAAACUCAAGAUGACAUAUCUGAAAUUGAACUCACCUUCCAGGACAACAAGUUGGAAGGUUCAUUCGUGAAGGAGGGGUGCCCCUACUCGUUCUGGGCCUUCUUCCCUGAUGGAGUCCUUACAGGUCCAAAAGGAUUCUCCUUGUCUUCAUAUGGCUCGGUAGCAAGCACUGUGGAGCCGUUCCUUGUUGAUGAGAAGAAAAUUACAGCAAGGCAUGUAGUGUUCUGGGUUGAAAAGCGUUUAGCAGCCCAAGGAAUUAUUCCUGUCUGGAAAGAAUGAUGUAUACCAUAAACAUAUUGGCAUGUCACUGUUCAUCAUCAUACAAAAUUUUCCCAUUCAUUCCUGUUAGAAAAUAUUAAUUAUUAUGUAA